AUGCGUCUGGACACAUUGCAUGAUAACAGAGAAGCUUUGGCUUCCAAAGAAAUGAGUCCUGGUUUGAAUAUUGUGUUAACUACGGUUGUAACUGUAGUAAAUUAUAUAAAAAUGAGACCUCUGAAAUCAAGAAUCUUUUCCGCACUUUGUAAAGACAUGGGUGCAGUACAUUCAGCGUUAUUAUUUUAUUGCGAGGAAAGAUGGUUAUCACGAGGGAAAUUUUUGCAACGUGUUUAUGAAUUAAGAGAAGAAAUCGGCGUUUUCCUAGAAGAGGAAAACAGACCGGAAGCUGAGAAUUUUCGCGAUAGUUUAUUUGUGAUGAAAUUGAGCUACAUGAUCGACAUAUUCGAGAAAUUAAAUAACUUGAAUCUUCAACUGCAAGGAGCAAAUACACAUAUAAGGAUACGAGUGAUAAAGUUAAUGCUUUUUGUAGGAAAUUGGAAUUGUGGAGCAGAAAUUUAA